AUGCAGACUGGUGGACCCUUAAUUGUUCUCAACCGAGCAGCCAGGGGUGAGCAGGGAAAGUCAGUUCAGCUGGCUAAUAUUGAGGCUGGGAAGACCGUCGCAGAUGUUAUACGAACAUGUUUAGGUCCACGAGCAAUGCUAAAAAUGUUAAUGGAUCCCAUGGGUGGUAUUGUCAUGACAAAUGACGGCAAUGCAAUAUUGAGAGAGAUAACAGUUGAACAUCCAGCUGCUAAAUCUAUGAUUGAAAUCGCACGCACUCAAGAUGAGGAAGUCGGUGACGGUACCACAUCAGUUAUCAUUUUAAGUGGUGAGAUGCUGGCAGUGGCUGCUCCAUGUUUAGAAAAGCAAAUACACGCAACGAAAAUCAUAUCUGCAUUCAGAAGUGGUCUUGAUGACAUGCUUGUUUCACUUCGUGAGAAAUUAAGUAUUCCAUGUGACGUAACGAGUGAGAGUGAGGUGCUGAAAAUCAUCAAGAGUUGUGUCGGUACAAAAUUCAUCAAUCAAUGGUCUGACCUAGCUUGCAAAAUCGCCUACGAUGCUGUUAAGAUUGUAACAGUAGAUAUUGAUGGCCGCAAAGAAAUCGAUAUCAAACGCUAUGCAAAAGUAGAGAAAAUUCCCGGCGGCUCUACUGAAGAUUCCGUUGUUCUUGAUGGCGUUAUGUUUAAUAAAGAUGUCGUGCAUCCUCGUAUGGCGAGAAGGAUAGAAAACCCCAGGAUCUUGCUUAUGGAUUGUAAUCUGGAAUAUAAGAAAGGGGAAAGUCAAACGACUAUGGAAAUAAGUGAUGACAAGGACUUCACUCGUGCUUUAGAAAUAGAGGAGUCGUGCAUCAAGGAAAUGUGUGAUCAUAUUAUACAAUUCAAACCAGAUGUUGUUAUAACUGAAAAAGGAGUUAGCGAUCUGGCGCAACACUUCCUUAGCAUGGCUAAUAUAUCAGUUAUCAGGCGACUGCGAAAAACAGAUAACAUGCGCAUAGCUAGAGCCAGCGGUGCUACCAUUGUCAAUAGACCAGAAGAAAUCAAGGAAGAGGAUAUUGGUCUCCAAGCCGGUCUUUUUGAAGUGAAAACCAUAGGAGAAGAGUACUACACAUUCAUCACAAAAUGCAAGAACGCAAAAGCAUGCACAAUUAUUCUUAGGGGUGCCAGUAAGGAUGUACUCAAUGAAGUUGAGCGCAACCUGCAGGACGCUAUGAGUGUAGCUCGUAACGUUAUGCUUGAACAAAGAUUGGUUCCCGGUGGUGGUGCUAUUGAAAUGGCUUUAGCCCAAGAAUUGACUGAAAAAUCGAAAACAGUCGAUUCUGCUGUCCAGCAAAUGGUGUAUUUAGCAAUGGCUCAAGCUUUAGAGGUGAUACCUAGAACACUAGCUAAAAAUUGUGGUGCUAACGUGCUCCGCUUAAUCACAGAACUACGUGCGCGUCAUGCUACUGACCCUGCAAAAUAUUGGACAUGGGGUGUAGAUGGAGAAACUGGACGACUUGCUGAUAUGAAAGACUUGAAAGUUUGGGAUCCCUUGGCAGUUAAGUCACAGACCUUGAAAACCGCUAUUGAGACGGCAAUAUUACUUUUACGUAUCGAUGAUGUGGUUUCUGGUGUGAAAAAACAAUCGGGAGACAAUGCCCCAGCUCCUCCAGCUACUGAAUGA